AUGGAAAAUGAAUUAGGUCAGAUUAACUACAGAACAAAUGCAUUGAUGACUCAAGCAUCAAGGGGCAACGAUAGUGUUAAUUGUGGUAAAUAUGUGAUGAUGUAUAUUUUAUUUAUAGCAAAUAUUGAAAGAGAUAAUUCGCAAGAAAGUGAUUUUGUAAUGGUAAGUCAUGAUAAUUUAAGUUCAAUGUCAAAUUUGCAAAAAUUAAGAGAUGUGAGAGACAUUUUAUUUACAAGAUUUCAAGAGAUGAUGGAUUUAGAUAAUCAAGCAAACAUUAGGAAAGAAGAGUUAAUAUUAUCUGUUAGCAGCUUAAGCUCCGAAGAUGAAUUUGAAGUUUUAGAUUUUAAUAGUGAUAGUAGUGAAAAUGACUCUGAGUUUAGUAUAGAAAACAUUAGACAAAAUCUUGAUCAAUUAGAACGGUUUAACUUAAUUGCCUUAAGAGAAAUUGCAAAAGAUAUUAAUCAAAUUUUUAAUUCAAGAAUCAAUAAUCUCUCUUAUGUUGAUAAAGUUAAAAAUAGCGCCAGAGGAAGUGGAGGUGUGGGGAAAUAG